CAAAUGUCAAUCUUUUAGCGUCAAAUCUAAGAUAUUUGUUUUGUUGUGAAAGAAAAUAAAAUGAAAAGUGAUUUUGUGCUUUUUUUUCUUUUAUUUCAUUAGUUAAACUAUAUAUAGAAGGAAACGAAGAUGCCACAAAAAAAAUAUGUGUACAAAAAUCAUUGUCGUGAUGAAGAAGAAUCUGACCAAUUGAUGUCACCUUGCUUUCAAAUCAGCUCAGCUGUAGAACUCAAGGAUGUCCCUACUUCAGGAGAAGAAUAUUUGUUGAAAGUUAUGCAGGAGCGUCAAAAAUAUUCAACGAUUACUAAAUGUGACAAAGACUAUACAAAAUUUGCUAAAAACCAAUCUCGUUUUAUCAAAGAGGAAACACCUGCACAAGCGCCGGAAAGAUUGAAACCAACAAUUGAAUGGCAGAAUAUUCAAGUAGCAGAUUUUUCUGAAAUCCGCAUGUAUGUAUCACGAAUUCAAAAAAAGACAUCUAUAUGGCCAAGUACCUUGAAGAAAAUUCAAUUUGAACACAAUAAUCCCAAAGGCUGGAGAAACUUUUUUGACAAGAAUGAACCAACUUUAUCAUGUGUACUUGGACUUCAAUAUGCUCUCCUUGAUGACGGUUUAGAAAACCUUGUACAAAUAUUAGAAGAAACCAAACCUGGUGAUUCAAUUGGACAUAAAACAGGUCAAUGGAUAUAUGCAUUUUUGGCAUGCAUAAAACAACCUCUUCUAUCAGAAACUAUAAGUAUAUUAAGGAGUUUAGCAAGAAGAUGUGCUGAAAUAAGAUCAAACCUAAAUGAAGAAGAAGAAAAUGUUAUCUUGAACGUAGCACCUUUGAAUAUUUUUAUAUGCUUGGUGUCAAGAUAUUUUAGGCAAUAUGACUUGGCUGAUUCACAUGUGGAAAAAUAAGGAGAAAAUGGACCAAUUGGACCAAGUAAUAUCAUAAAAUAAGUUAUGCAA